AUGCUGCAGGCUAGCUUUUGCGAGAAAGCGAUCUCAUCCUACUCGUUUGCGAUUCCUGCCGAGGGUGAAGGGGGCCAUGAGCACGUCAUCCGUAUGCAGAUGCAGCGAGCUGUAAACAGCUACGUGGCUCACUUGCGUGGCAUUGGCAAGGAUUUCUGGGAAUACCAGGAGCCCUGGAAGGAGGAUGCAUGCGUUCAGGCAAUUUGGAAGAUGGCAUGUUACACUCAUUUUCCUCGCUGCAGUGAUAAGGACAAGGCAAAGUACCUUCGCCCAUGUGCAAGCGCUUGCCAAGGCUAUCUGGAGGCUUGCCAGGUCAAUUGCUGUGACGAUGGUAACAAGUGCGUCUUCACCCAUCACAAGAAGCUAUCCGAUGGCGGCUCGCUCGUUGAGAAGGGCUACGACCAUCGCGCAGGGCCGUCGCCAUUCUGCACAGGCUGA